UAAACAUAACUGUAAGAGAAAAACAUAACAAAAGAAAAGAACCAAAGCUUUUAAAGCCAGUUCGAUUGACCUAUUGUACUUUUUCAGACAAUAGAAAGAGAGAGUUCUCAUCGAUGGCUGCAUCUAGAGAAUUUAUCAUCUGUUGCCUCUUAACACUUCUCUUUUGCACUUUCUUCAUGAGAACCGAGUCUGGUACUGCUGACAUCACCAGAAAAGGAUGUGGCGGCGGCGAUGGCAGUCUUGGGGACGAUAAUGAGCGGUGUGUGGAGGAGGUCAAAGAACAUGACGACAAUGACGUGGAUGAUGUUUUCAAAGUAAUUAACAAAAUGAGGAUAUAUGCUUGAUCAUGGUUCAUUAUUUAAUUAUAUUUUAGGGCUAUAUAUUCAUACAUUUUGUUCCCUUUUAUUUUAUUUAUCAAGUUUGUUUCCUUUUUUUCUGGCGUCGAUUCUUCUGUAUUUUUCCUUAAUUUAACUUUAUAUUUUUUUCCCUCUCUAUAAUGAGAGAAAUGGUGAUCGAAAGAAGGUAACAUGUUUGUCACAGACUCAUGAUUAAUUUUUGGGAUUAAAACCGUGCGAAAGAAGGUAACCUGUUUGUUCAUAAGAAUAGAAUAUACAACAUAUUUGAAUUGCUAUGAUAUAAAGAAAAUGAUUGGAUGAUUAAAAAAUGAGUAAUUCCAAGCCCGUGGAAAAAGCCCGUGGAAACUUAACAUAUUAUUAGAUGUUUAAUACGUUAAG